AUGCCGGGCCUAACCGAUGAGCAAUGCUUCAGAAGGAUGAAGGAGAUGGAGGAAAAUGUCAUCAGCCUCACAAACGCCGAAAACCCUAACAACGCCAUGGACCGACACGCAAUCGUGAAACAGCGUGCUCGGUUACAAAAGCUAACCGUCCGUAUCCGAAAGCUUACAGAGAGGUACGUUGUGGGAACACCGAUGGCUAACCUACCGCUCUUGGUGUUAGAAAAGCUUGAGAUAGCGAAAGGAGUAUUCGAUGCAGAAAUUGAUCGGCUUGAAGCGGUGUACAGACAGCGAGAAAAACCGCACUCUCCAGCUCCUAAGACCAGUAACGGUCAGAACCGAAGUGAAACGCCUACUCUAGCGGAUCCGGCCACAAAUGAAACCGACGAAAGGAUAGAAGCUCCUUUCACCGAGCAACUUGUAACCGGGCAACCUGGGGUUUCCGAACCGGGCAUUACAGAAGAAAGGGUUAAGUCCCUUAUUCAAGAGUUUGACGACUCAACGGUUCAACCAUUACAGGAGAAAAUCAAGAAAGCCGUGCGCAGUACACUCUUGUUCGCCGAAAAGAAGAGGGAUGAUGUCCUAAAGGCAGAGGACCUGAUAACGGUCAUCGAAAAAGAAUACGAGGACGACGUAAUUCUGCACAACGAGCAUUAUCAACAAACCGAGGACUUGGAAGAAGAGACCUCAAGGAUAAAAGAUGACAUAGAUCGGUUUGAAAGGGAAACCGAGCAACGAUUCAAAGAGGGUCACGGAUCUGAAAAGAAGAAUGCAACCCUUGAAGACCGCAACGACAAGCUCGAAGCCGACCUCAAGGCGCUCACCGCACAAGUAGAUGAAUUAAUCAAGGCCAAGUUGAAUGUUGAUACAGCAGUUGAGGAGGCAAACGCCCGAGCGGCAAAGGAAGUCCAGGAUGCGCUGGACGAAGAAACACGGAGAGCAAAGGGGACACCGCGUCUGACAGAAGAAGAAAUAGCCGAGCGCGAACGUAACACAGCGGCUAAAUAUCCGGGACUUGCGAAGUCCAUAGCAGUUCAAGCGGCCAAAGAUGCAGAGCGGUUAAACGCACAAAAACAAGGGUUCGAAGAAUAUGCCAGGGCUCACAAAAAGAAAAAGGCGGCCCCUUCCUCUUCGGUUCCGGCAAAACGGAAAAGGAAAACAUCAAAGAAGGCUCAAGUAGCCGGGAUGCAGGAAAGGAUCACUGAAACGAUUAUUGAAAAUCAACCGGACCCGGCUACUCACACCGAAGAUGAGGAUGAAGAGCAUCUGGAGCAGCGUUCUACAAGACAGCGAGUCUCCGAUACGGUUCCAAUCAGCACGAUUAGUCAACCGCAAGUUGGAGGAUCAUCCUCAAGACCGGAUCAACCGAAUAAGAAAACACCCACCAAGAAUAUGAUGGACGACUUCACGUUUUCCGAAUCAGAAUAG